AUGUGGAAAUAUUUUCUUUUCCCUGCGAUUUUUCUACUUUAUAAUCAGAUUUAUUGUGUGGAAGGGGAACGUGUUGUAAAGUUUCUCUCCAGCAACUGCACCUUUAAUGAAAAAUAUUUCAAGAAUUUCUCAAUUACAAUAGUCGAGAACCUUAUGAACAUGGAUAUGUACCUUAACCGUCCCAUUCAACGGGGAUUCAAGUGCAAGAUGGACAUCCAGCUGCGUCUGGCGAACGCCAAGCACUUCCAAUCGGUGUUCAACCAGAAAAGUGACGUGUGUGCCUUGACGUCCAGUGUAAAGAAUAGUAUGAUCAAGUCUUGGUUUAAAGACAUGACCAAGCACAGCAACUUCAUGUAUAAUUGUCCAGUAGAAGUAGGCCACUACUACCUGCACAACUGGAAAAUGGGCAGCUCGAUGAUCCACAAGUUCCUCAUUCCUGGGUCAUAUCGUGGCGACAUCCACUUCUUCUAUGGAAAAUAUGGGACCAAGUCCCACGAAGAAACUUUAUCAGUCACAAUUGAUGCCCUUCUCUCCAACUAG